AUGGGGUUGUUUCGCAAACGACGCAGUAAUGGUCCGGCCUUUCCGAACCAGGUUUGUGCCCGAUCAGGCAGCGUUUGCUGCAACAAUCCGGCCUACGAAAUUUUGCUUAGUUCGCGACCGGUCCAGCAGACGGGAUACGAUCCUCUGGUGAACGCCCUGGUGCAGGAAAAUAUAUACUACCAACAGUUGCUGGCGGAGCAGCAAGAGCAGCUGUCCAUGAUGGCACCGUAUCAAAACAUCCAAUGCUCUCCGUUCUGGAGUGAGCCAGAACCAUACUGGCACAGUGGGACAACAUACGGCAACUACUUUUGCUCGCCAGGAGCAUGCUGGCAGGUCGAUGAAGACGAGGUUAUCCAGAAUGAGGAAUGGUCUUACUGA